AUGGACCCGACAUAUGAAUACUAUUGUGAAGAGCCGGAGGAACGACAGACUGCGUCGGUUCGAGAACGGAAGAGGAUGUGCAGUAUCAACGUCGCUUUCAUUGUGGGUCGUCUUUUGAUUUUAUGUUUUGAAACCGACCUUUUGUCAUUUCCAUGUAGGAGCUCCGCAAUUAUAUCCCAACUUUUCCUUACGAGAAACGGCUCUCCAAAAUUGAUACUUUGAACCUGGCAAUCGCAUACAUCAACAUGCUCGAUGACGUUCUGCGGUAAGAAGCUUCUUGAAACAUUGGACAUACAUCAAAUGUUUAGAUCGUCUGAAGAUUCGGGAAAGUACAUCCGGAAAUGUGUACAGAUGGCCCGCAACGGUCACAUAGGAGCGCCUUCCUGGAGCACCAGCGGUAGAUAUUGUUCAUUUCGUGAAUAAAUCAAAAAUCGUUCAGAUUUGUUGGCUAGACUGAAUUGGAUUAAAUGGCGACGCCUUGGAAUCGAGCCGAUUGCCUAAAACGGAGAACUAUGGCAAAGUACAAACCAAUGAGAAAAAACAAAUAACACGACGCUUUUUUACGACCUAGAACUAGAUUGUACCUGAAUAAAUUGUCCGUUUUUCGAUUAUCUGAACUUUGGCUUAUUUUCCUGCACAGAACUACUCUUUUCUAAUGAACGACUACUUUCCUGAAUUGUAAAGGUGUAAUUUUAGUGAACUGUUGUGGCAGCAGCAUUUCUCUGAAAUAACAUGUCAUUUUCUCCAACUCUCCGCCUAGUAUAAUACUUAAAUUCCUGUUCCAGAUUCUAUCCAUUUUGAUCUCUUUGAGGCCAAGUUGACCAUAAAGGCUGACUGUUUCGUGAAGGCUCACGAUUUUUUUUAGAAAAGCAUUUCCCACGUCCGUUCUAUAUUCAAUUUGCACGUAACUUAAGAUUUUAAAAGUGUAUUACGUCACUAAAAAAUUUUAUGGGUCGUUGUUCACAAACAUAUUCACAACAUUCCCUAACUCUACACAAACAAGCAACAUCAAAGCGGAUAGGUUGCACAUUUUUUGCGCGAAAAAUGUUUUUAUUGUGGUUAGUUGUUUGAUUGAAUAUUCGCGAUAACGACUUCUAUUACUUGAAUGCGAAAAGUCAUAAUCUGAUUUUUUCCAGUAACAAACGACAUUUCUAAAGGGUUACCCCGCCGUCUUGAAUCAAUUGAGAUAACAAGCUGUUUUUUCCAUUCCUCUUCAUUCUUACCUUUAUUUUUCUGAUCUUAACUCACAAACCACAUGUUCUCAACAAAUCAUGACAAAAUAUGUAUUUGAAAGAAAAAUCACUUUGAGAACUGAAAAAUAUCUAAAUUCGAUUUGGUCGAUCUUUGUGUUCUCGAGAAAUCACCCGUCCGUGAUCUCAUGCUCCUCUUUUUAGCUACCAUCAAACUAGAAUAUUUUCAGAUUUUCAGAUGCCAUUUUUGCAGUGGAUUCUAUUCUUGUUCGGGCUCAUUUCAAUUGUUAUGUACACACUGAUUGUGCUCACAUUGCGACGUCAACGAACGAAUGCGUUACUAGGCGGAUCAUUCUUCCGGAUUGUGGAAAUUCAGGUGAGAAAGGUUCCGGAACCAUCGAUCAAAACCAAUAUCCUUUUUUGCAUUUUAAUCAACACAUUUUUCUGUUUCCGUAAUCACGUUUCUAAAGAGCUUGUCGACAUUCCGUGCAAAUAAGAUUUUGGUUGGGCUCACAAGAUCAAACCAUCAUUUCAGUACUAUUCGGAAGUGCUCUUCUUUGUGGAGUUCUCCAUUUCCAUGAGAUUUCGAAAGUACAGCGAUCUGUACACAUUUUUCGACCCGGACACGGAAAUACACGGAAUCGUUCCAAGAAUAGUUUCUGGAAUACAUUACUAUGUCAAAGUGAGCAGUGGCAAAACGUUUCAGGUUGAAUUAAAGUGUAACCUUUCAGUUAGUGGUGUACAUCGGGUAUAUCACAUUUGCACUAAACCGGCUCACAUCUGCGCUGAACAUUUCUUCGUAUAAUAAUGUGAAUAUUUCUGUAUGCUUUUUUCAAAUUUUACUUGUUUAAGUAGUUGUAACUUGUAUGCCUCAUUUUUUGGAACGAUGCAUCUUCCCGUUUCCAUUUUUUGCAUGUUGGCUUAAGGAUUUGUAAAACUAGUAGCCUCGGGCAAGUUUGAUUAUUCUUUCAGGUGUGGACACCGCAACUUCUGAAACGGAUACGAAUAAUGAAAUGGACGGUGCCGUUGUUAGGAGUUUUGCCCACGCAUGCCUGGCCCGGAUUCACGUACUGGUUUAUAGUCACGAACUCGUCUAUACGGUUAACAAAUGAUUCUUUGUCAACCGCUGUGAGUUUCAAUCUCAAAAUUUGAAGUCAACUUGAACUAUUUAUAGCUCGUUGCCUAUGUUGACGGGAUUUGCUGUCUUGGAACUUGUAUUUUCUGCAUGAUUUGCUACAUUAUUACGUGUUGCCUUAUACGGAAAAAUUGGAGACGCGUGAGAAGUGAUUCGGUAACUGCAGUACCAAAGAAAUCUGCCCAAUCAGCAGCCGAACGGAGUUUGUUAAUAUCUGCAAUUCUCUCUUUCGUUGUCCUGACACUCAAUACAGUGGUCCAAGUUGUAACUAUUAUCAUUUCCUGGGGAGGUGCAACCGCUCUGCUUUUUGUUCAGGAUCUCUCGUAAGUCACGGAGCUCAGUAAUUCGUUAUUGACGCAAGCCUGAUCUUUGCCACUGCAAUUUACUUCCAUUCCUUGUUUACUGAGUGUGAAAGAGAAAAUCUGCAAAACAUAAUCAGGCAUGUAUGUAUAGUUUGGUUUCUUCCAGAUACCCUAUGAUUGAUCUCAUGUACUCGCACUUUCCGUGGGCGUUGUUACUCACCUCGGGUGUGUUGAGAAAACAAAUGAUAUACGAUACGAAGAUAUUCUUACGCAGGUAACAUUUUAAGAGCAUGAAAUGUCUAACAUUUUCUUGUAGCUCAAUUGCUUUUCAGCGCUUUAAAUCUAGAUGACGCAUCGGUGAAUACAAUACGAGUGGGACAAACGGUUUCUCCUGCCACACAAAAGACAACUAUGCGCUCUAAGUGAUUCAGUUUUCCUGGUUACGGGUUAUAUGGACAGGGUUUGUUAUGCUUUCUGUGAAAAAAGUUAUAAUUUUGGAAUGAAUGUGUUUUUUUUUUCUGUUUUUUGUUGUUUAUAAUCUCUUCAUUUGCAAGAAACGGUUUCGCUCCCCUCUCGAGAAGACAGCAGAAUAACACGCGGCCGUGGCCGUGGCCUAGAAACGCCAGCGUGCGUUGCGGUGCGCCUCUCAUUGCCGAACGGUCUCUCGCCAAACACAGUCGGCCACAUUCUCUCUCCCUCUCUACCCUUUCCUCUCUUUUCAUUGUUUCCCAUUCAGAAUGAUCGCUUUUUAUCGAUUUAUGCGAUUUUUAUAGCAAUAUGAGCGCAAACGAUUUGUUCGGAGGCUUGAGCGAGAGCAGUGGAAGCAGCGACGAGGAAGAAGAGACUGUGAUGCCCGCGAAGAAGCUGCCGGCGCAGAACGUUCUGGCCGAUUUGGAAUUGAGGUGAGUUUCCAUCCAUUUAACAGGUUCGAACAUUUUGUUUCAGUGAUGAGGAUGACGAGGAAGACGAGAAAAUGUCGACGGAUUCAACGCCACCGUCCUCAGUGCCCAGAUCGAGCGAGUGGUCUGUUACGCCACAAAAAUCGAUAAACGCACCGGCGGUGGCAAACGAAGCGGUCCCUGCGAAGACACCGGCAAGCAAUUUAGCGGAAAACGUUGCAUCAAGCUUAUUUUGCAGGUGGUCUUCUCCAUUUCCGAUGGCGAAGAGUCGAUGGACAUGCCCGACUUCGAGCAGAUGAUGCAGAAACGGAACGCUGCCGCUGCCGCCGCUGCCGCCGCCGCUGCUGCCGCUGCUGCUGAAGCUGCUCGAGCGGCUGAAGCGGCAAGAGCUGAAGCUGCUCGGGUUGCACAAGCUGCUGAGGCCGCACGAGCCGCCAGAGACUCCGCGGACGCCGAACGAAAGAGAGUAAGAAUAUCAUGGAAGAAGGGCUUGUAUGAAUGCGGAUUUUUAAGCGCCACGAGGACAAGCACAAGACUGAGCCGCCUCGUAAACAGCCGAAGAUGGAUAAAUUGCUAUCGGGAGGCGUCCGUCAGGACGGAAAAGACACGUCAAGAGAGAGCAGUCUCGCGGAAACGAGCAUCUCUCUUGAAAGUUUCGAUCUAAAUAAUCUGAACGAGUCCAAGUUCCAAUCACUUCUCGCUCUUCAGCGUCUCAAGAAUAAGAGCGAGGGAAUCGUCGAGUAAGCUAAAUCUAAAAAACUUGAAUGCGCUUGAACGUCGCAUUUUCCAGGCCUGCUCCUUCGACGAGUCGUCCACAACCCGCAAGAAGACUUGAUGAUGAGGAAGAGGCCGAGUUGGCCCGUGUGAGAACACAAGUACUUCUAUCGAAUUUCUCUCAGGACCAGCUGGAUCGCUACGAGUCGUUCAGACGGUUAGUUUUCGCAAGAAAUGUCUUUAAUUUCACCGCUUCUCGUUCAGAUCGUCAUUCCAAAAGUCCACGAUCAGACGCUUGAUAAGUCAAUUCACUGGAAACGCCAACAUCGGCCAGAACGUCGUGAUCGCAGUUGCCGGGCUGGCCAAGGUGUUCGUUGGCGAGAUUGUCGAGGAGGCCUUGGACAUCCGUGACGUGAGCCCUGCCGAGGCAAACGCUCCGUUGCAGCCGCACCACGUUCGUCAGGCCUACUACCGUCUUGGAGAACAGGGCAAACUCUAUCCACCCAUUGGACCCAGAAACAGUCAAUUGUGAACUUGGUUGUAACCGUUUUGUAAUUUACAAGUGUAUAAGAAGUCAUCCCAUUGUUGGUUGAGAAUAUUUUCGUGCAAAUUUGUUUUAUUUAAUUGUUUAUGUCGCCCUGAUUCAAUGAUGUAUGACCAGGUGUUUCUAGUCUUUUAUUUGAAAAACUCCUUCAAAGCUUUACCUGGGAAACGUCGAUGACUUUUCCGACCGGCUGAAAGUAAGAGAAAAUCUAAUAACCGGAGAAGCGAGAGAGACAUUUCAAGAGGCACAGAUCACAUUUUACUGGCCUAAUGGUGGAGUGAGCGGCGACAAAAGGUUAGAGCGAAAUACACAAUUACUACUCGCUAGCCACUGCUCAUUCGUACUAGCACGAUGCCGUUUGAGCAGACUCUCCUCUUCCUAUUCGGACUAACUUCUAUACUUUUGUACACGUUGAUCCUGAGGACAUUGAGGAAGCACAGAAAGACUGCGUUAUUAGGCGGCACGUUCUUUCAACUCGUCGAGCUUCAGGUAUUUCUGAAACCUAAAAUUUGCAUAAGGCUCGUGGCUUUCAGUUCUACGCGGAAACGUUUUUCUUCAUCGAGUUUUCCAUAACAAUGCGAUUUCGAAAAUAUACCGAUCUUUACACGUUUUUUGAGCCUGGAACUGAAAUAGUCGGAAUAGUUCCUCGACUGAUUUCAUUUGUUCAUUACUACAUAAAAGUAAUCAAAUUCCGAAUUUCCUUAUCUACCCAAUAUUGUCCUCUUCAGCUUGUUGUCUAUUUCGGAUACAUAGUAUUUGCCAUCAAUCGACUGCUCAGCGCACUCAACGUUUCUUCCUACAGCAAUGAGAAUAUUUCAGUCAGUUUCUGUUUUGAUCCCGUUGAUUUUCAGCUGCCGUUUGUUGUUUUGAUUUAAUUGGGAUUGACUACAUCGUUUCCGAGCAGAUAAUUGCAGGUUUGGUCGCCGAGAACUUUGAACUGGAUCACAGGUUUCCAGUGGACAAUACCGCUCAUUGGUGUUCUGCCCACACAUGCGUGGCCUUCAUUCGACUAUUAUCUUUCAAUCACCACUAGUGCCAUUCGACUAAGCAACGACUCAAUCUCCACCGCGGUAUCACUGAGCACAAUCCCAUAAACGAAACAAGCCCCGUUUUUCAGCUCAUAGCCUACAUCGAUGGUUUCGUUUGUUUAAUAACUUGCGUAUUCUGCAUGGUCUGUUAUAUUGUGACUGGUGCGAUUCUACGAAAAAAUUGGAAACGAACAUCUAAUAAUGUAAUUACGAGCUUUCGCAAACUCUCACAUCAUCAUUCAGGUUUUCAAAAAGUCAAAUGCUCAAAGUAACGCGGAGAGAAGCCUGUUGAUUUCCGCAAUUCUCUCGUUUUGUGUUUUGAUGCUGAACAUGACUAUACAAAUAUUGAAAAUUAUAAUUUCCUGGGGUGGAAUGGCAAACAUUUUCUCCGUCUAUGAUAUCUCGUGAGUUUUCAAGCUCCCCAACCCAAAAUUUGCUUGGAGUUGUUCCUGUGAACCUGCUGAUUUCAUUUGAAAAACUGGACCCCGCGCACGUAGAAUACAAGUACUUUGCUUCCAGAUAUCCGCUGGUGGACCUAAUGUACUCCCAUUACCCUUGGGUUCUGGUUGUGACGUCUUCGGUGCUCCGACGACAACUCAUUUAUGACAUUAAGAUCAAAAUUAGAAAGUAUGAAAUGGAAUGAGGGGACUAGUGAUGAAAGCGUUUUCUUUUCAGCUCCUUGAAACUGGACGAGGCGUCUAUGAGCAUGGCGCGUGUCGGGCAGACAAACGGUCCUUCGAAAGGAACUUCGUGA